GCCAAUGGAUGACUGUUGGAAUUGAGGAAGAAAUAGCAAGUUGUGUGAACUGAUGAAAUGGAAGAGUACCGUUAGUCAUUAGAUGGAAUACGCAAGACAUUAAGUCGGGUGCAGCCACUGUGAAGAGGUAGUCAAUCAUGGAUGGACCACAGCGAAGUAUAGACACUGAUGUUUGUUGUGAAGAAAGUGGAUUCAAACCUCAAAAAGAAAUAGUUUUCAACAAACUAUUACCGUUUGCAAAGGAGCUAGAAGAAGAUGCAACACGACUGCUAUCAGAUAUUAAAGCGAACAUUGGAAAAUCAGUGUUGUUACGUGAACUGCGACCAGGUUGUGGAAUUUGGACAGCAAGACUUUCCAAAUACAUAAAAGUAUAUGGACUGAAAUUUUCAAAAGAAGAUCACAUAGCAUUCAUUCAUUUGAUGUAUGAACUAACGACCAUUCCUAGCCUGGAACCAUGGCUCGUCAGCAAGUUUGCAAAUGUAUCGAUAUGCCUCUUGAAGAAGAAGGAAUUGCUGUCACCAGAUGAAUUACAGUUGCCAUGGAAACCACUAUUUGAGCUCUGCGAGAGGAUAAUGAACACAAGUCUCACUGCAAUUGGAAUGUAUAGAUACUUCUCUUCACUAGAGAAUACCUUGAAGAAUUUAGUUCAUGCUGCGCGUUUCUACUUUCCUCCUGAGGCAACACAAGAAAUGCUUGAUGCCUGGCGACCACGCCUAUGCCCUUUUGACGGAGUUAAUAUAGAAAAUAACAUCGAAUUUCUAGAGUGGUUUCUUCCUAUUGCACUCCCGCCUGAGAAAAGCCAUCUAGGAUACAAACUUUGGUUUGAAGAGCUAAUGAACCUUUGGAAGGUUUGCCACAAUGCUCCUAUGUGGGAAAAUGAAAUCAUGUGGUUGAUGGCUCGUCUUGCCCAUCACAAUAUUGGAUAUAUUGAUUGGGAACCAUAUAUACCACUUAUGUUCACAAGGUUCUUGCAGAGUCUUUAUCUGCCAGUUUCUUAUAAACAAGUCCAACAAACUAGGCUUCACAAAAUAGAGGCUGCUCCAAUGGCACUUUGGAUUGUUGCUGUACUGGGAAGACACAGCAGCGCACAGAAACAUUUAGAUAGAUUGAUGAAGACAUUGGAAUCUUAUUUCCAUCCAGCAAAUUUUGGAAGAUGGUUCAUAAAGCUGAAAGAUUUCUUAAAGAAGCUUCCAAUGUAUUUUAUACAACGGUUGCAUUUUGAAAGACACAAGCACUUGACAUGGGAGACUCCAGUACCUGACAGUCAUAAAUUAACAGAAGAUGACAUUACAAACUUUGUAGAGAGUGUGAAACCUGUUGCACUUCAGGCAAUGUUUUCCAAAUUGGGACUUACAGAAAUCAACCAAGCUAUGCAACAUUUGGCAACUUUGCGUCCUAAUAUAGUAAUACCUCUUGUUGUUGAUCGCAUGUAUGCAAAUUUAGAGACAGUGACAGAACCUCAUAAGCUCACUGCUGCAAUGCAGUGUAUGGUGGCAGUUGCGAGACCAAUGGUCCAGGGUGCUCGGUUGGGUUACAAAGAAGGCCCUACACAUGUCAUCCCACUGCUGAUGUCAGUGCUUCCUGGAAUUGAUCCAAAUGAUGUCAGAAAAUGUUUCGUGACAUUUCAGUUUAUUGCAACAUUCUCAACAUUGAUUCCAAUUGUGGACUCCUCACAAGCGUCAAAUUACUGGAGUGAUCUCACAGAGGAAGAAGAAACAGUUUGCUUAGCUACUGCAGACUUUGAAGACUUUGUGCUUCAGUUUCUGGAUCGAUGUUUCACGUUAAUAGAUAGCAGCUCUCUAGAGGUAACACGGUUAGAGAGAGAGAAUGACAGACGGAGCAAACUUGAGAACAUGGCAGAAUGUGCUCUUGGAUCAACAGUCACAGCUUUGCUGAUGCAAACAUCUCCCAGUAUUUUUAAAUCGGCAUUGCGGAAAUUACAUGCACUUGUCAUUGGGAGGAUAAUGGAGACAAAAGUUGCUGGACAGUUUGUUGCUGCCAUUGUUCGAUCAUUUUCUAAGGUGAAUGCAGAAGAGACUCUGAAAUCAUUAGUACCUCAGUUUUGCAGCAGAAUUCUUAUCUUAACAGAGAAUGAUGAAAUAUUGAAGGAUGAAACACUUGAUGAUGAACUGUUGUACAACUUAUUGAUACUUUCAGAGAUUGUUGACUGUGAUGGGAAAUGUCUUAUUCCAUACAUCCCUUCAAUACUAGAAGUUCUUGACCGUACAUUACAUUUAACUUGCCGCGAUGGUUAUGUUUUCUCCAGCAAAAUUUUACGAAAUGUUCUGUACAGCCUAAGUUUUAUCAUGCCAUUGGAGUAUAGAAGUUCAACAGAAUCAUAUGACAGUCAUGUGAAAGAUUACUUGCCAAUAAGAGACUGGGGAAAACCAGGCAAUGUCCAUAAUCUCCAAAUGAAGUGGCAUGUUCCAGAUGAGGAGGAAAUAAAACAUGUUCAGGAUAUUGUCAACCGAUAUUUACCAGUGGAACUAGAACGUAUCAGCAGUUACAUCAAUGACAAAUCACAAAUGACAAGGGAAGAACUCCAGUGCUCAUUACACAUCAUAAAUGGAAUACUUGGAUGCAGACCUCUUCUUCCACAAUGGGAUGAACCACCAGUUAAACUAUUUGAUAGCUGCUUGAAAACUUCACCUUUUAAACUGGCAGCAGAAUGUAACAAAGGUUAUGUUACAAUGCCAGAUGGAACUAAUGUACGAAAAGUACUUGCUGAAACCAUGGUUCGAUUACAACAGAAGAUCCUUGCCUGCACCGAAGAUGACACUAAAUCACUGUUCUGUCUUAUUACUAUUUGGGAUUCCAUUAUACGUGUUAGUAAUACACGCAGCAAUUUUGAUGCACACUGGAAAAAUUUUCAUGUAGUGAAGAAACUUCUUGAAGACAAACUUGUUGGGCAAAAGCGACAUAUGCGUGCUGUUCUUGUUGACAGAGCAUAUCUUCAGUAUGAGUCCUUACAAGAACGUAGCACAGUUUGCUUAACAGAAACACACAGUCUUAUUAUGCUUAGUCUUCUGACACUCAGUACUAGUCAUUAUAGUGAGGUUCGUUCACGAGCACAACAAACGUUGUUCACGGCACUUGACACUUUUUCUUAUUCUUAUCUUGUGCUUGUACCAAAAUUAUUGGAAUAUUUAAAAGAAGAUUCCAAGGAGCAUCAUGACCAAUUUAAGGGUGCAUUAUAUGUUUUAUUGGGUCCGAAGCAGAACCCACUGGUAACUAGGCACGACUGGACAAUGUUGAACUCAUUGUGGCCAGCUAUUGUUCUUGCUAAACCUUCAGAAAAAGCAUCAGUCAUCAACUUGCUGGACAAUUUGGUGGAAACAGUACAUAAACAUUUUCCAACCAUUACCAUUAAUCUAGAGAUACCAGAUACUUGCCUAGCAUCAGCUCGUAAAUUGUGGAACAGUUCACCCCUUCCAUCAGUGGACCUCAUUUCAGAUACUGAGGUAGAACUUGGACUACAGAAAUUACAUGAGAACAGCAAAUACAAUCUGGAACAGUACCUCUCAUUGCUGAAUGCUUUAAUGGAUGCUCUUGAGCAAGGGAAUCUUCAUUGGCGCUACCACAUAAUGGCAUUAAGCUUUGUUCGGGAUCUUGUGCAUCCAGAUUUGGCAUACCCUCCCAGGGUGGUGAAAUAUUUCCUCAACACUUUGAUCCAUGAUUCUUUGGAAGUAAGGAAGAUUGCGAUACGAGGCACAGUUUUCUUGUUGAAGCAGCAGAAGCGCCCACAUAAAAAAAUUGUUAUUGAUCCACGCUCCCUUUUGAAGGAUGGUAUUAAGUUGGAGAGUAAAAUAAUUCCAGGAGAACGAGAUGACAAUGCGUGGGUUCAAUAUAAUGGAAGUAUGCGACCACUGACAGCUGAAGAAUGGGAUAAACCAAGAUACGUUCAUGAUAUGUAUCAUGGCUAUUAUUCUUGGCCAAAGGAACUGCAAGUAUAUGCUCCAUCUUCAGAUCAACCCAGUCUCAGUAGAUCACAUGAAGAAUUAAGUGAUGGAGAAAAAGAAGUUGACAUUUUCUUUUCCUCACAAGGAAACAUUGACAAGCUUGUUAAAUAUUUAGCACUUGAAGAAAAGAAAGGAAAGGACAAAUUUAAUGGCUACAGAUUCAUUAUGUUCAAGGGUUUGUUUCGGAAUCAUGGAGAUGCAUAUUUGAGGUAUUUCUCCCAUCAUCUGGAGGAGCUGGUGGCUGAUAAAAAUGAAAGUAGUCAACGUUGUGCAGCAGAAAUUAUAGCAGGAAUUAUUCGAGGUUCGAAACAUUGGCCUUUUGAGAAGGUAUCUUCAAUGUGGAAAUUUUUGUCUCCGGUCAUUGAAACUGCAUUGUCAAACAUGACGGAAGAAACUGUCGGAGACUGGGGCGUCUGUUUUGCCACUGCUUCUGAAUGUCGUGACCCAAAUAGACAUCACUGGCUCCUAGAGCUUUUGAUGAAGGAUCCAUUCAGAGAUGAAGCGUCUUUCAUUCAGUGCGGACGAUUAUAUGCUUUGCAAGGUGCCUUAAAUCAGCAAGAAUGGAGAGUAUCUGAACUCUUCCAUAGGUUGAUGGAAUACUUCAAACCAUUUCUUACGCAUCCAUUCCAGAAUGUAAGAGACCGGCUAGGAAGUGUCAUAAGCAAUAUUUUAGAAACUGACAUUGUGUUUCCUGAUGGACCACGGACAAAAUCACCACACAUUUCAGAUUUUGUUGAUAGUAUUCUACCCCAACUGGAGAUCUUACAUCAGACAAGUGAAAAAACAAAUAGUCCAACAAAAAAUCAUGUUGUACAGAAAGGCGUAGCAAAGUCCAUAGAUAACAUAAAGAGUGAAGCUGCUAUAGAAGAAGCAAUGAAAUUGUUGAAAAGUAUUGAUGUGAGCAGUGAUGAAAAAGAUGUUGCCAUACGAUUGCUGAAAACAGUUUGCAGAUGGCUGACAGGCAGCUUGACACGGGCUGUUUAUGGAGGAGUGCCAGAGUUUUUUAAAUUUUUCCAUAUUGUGUGCUUGAUGGAGAAUUACGAUGUUGAUGAGGAGCUUUGUAAAUGUUGUACUAGUUUGUUGGGUAUGCUAGCCCAAACUACUACAUUGCCAGAAUAUAUUCCACCUGCCAUGGAAUCAAUCAGCAUGGCUUCAAAGAGUAAUUCCUGGCAAGUGAGAUCGACAUGCGUGGAAUUCAUGCAAGUCUUUGUUUUUCACAACAUGCCAACAAUACUCGGAAAUAAGUGCUGGGCAGAUAACGUUAAAGAAAUUGUGUUGCGAUUGUUGGAAGAUGAAUGGUUAGAUGUAAGGGUAAAAGCAUCUCAAGUAUUAAGUGGCCUACUUCAUUGUGAUUUCAUAGACUCUACAAUGGAAUUAAUGGAUAUGUUCAAAUUGAAGGCAAAAACAAACUUGCCAAGGAAGAAGAAAAACUUAGCACCAGACAGCAAGUCUCAAGAGUUACUAAGAUUACGGCAUUCAGGAAUUCUUGGCCUGUGUGCAUUUGUCAGUGCAUAUCCAUAUGACGUGCCCGAUUUUGUUCCAGAUGUGUUCCUAAUCCUUGGAGAACACCUCAAUGACCCACAGCCAAUUCCAGCGACAAUAAGGAAAACUCUGGGAGAUUUCAAGAGAACACAUCAUGAUAACUGGCAAAUACACAGUCUCAAAUUUUCAGAGGAACAGCUGGAAGUUUUGGGUGAUUUGACUGUACCCCCGUCUUACUAUGCAUGAGGUCCCUUUAUUUAUCCGUCUUGUGGUGUUGGACUGAAGAUUGUGGAUGUACAGAUUUGUGAUGUGUAAUAUUUUGUCCCUUGAAGCAAUUUUAUCUGAUUAGGGUUGAAAUUAAAGCUACAGCAGAGAAGCACAUUUAUUUGCACAAACAAAACAGAAAGAUAUGCAGAGUUUCAGCACGACACGCUUGACAUUAUUGUGUGCAAAUGCCACUAGUUGUUAAUCUCUCUCUCUCUCUCUCUCUCUCUCUCUCUCUCUCUCUCUCUCUCUCUCUCUCUCUCUCCCCCUCUCCCUCCCC